AUGUCUACCUCUCCCGCCAAGCGGCGCAAAACAAGCGAGACGACCGCGGUGCCUGUUGACGCGUCUCAAUCCAACCGGCAUGCUGUUGAGAGUAAUAGGCGAGCGCGACCUUCGAGUCGCCAGUCUUUCCAAUCUCCGACGCGCGCAAGCCUCGCAAAAUCGCAUCCCGAAGUGUUAGCGCGUGCCACCAGUCGGAUCCCAACUAGAAUCCCACAACCAUCAAAGAACAACUAUGGUACCACUGGCAGUCAAGAUGGAGAGAAAGAGCAAGUAGAUGCAAGGGUAUUUGGAUUGCGCGACCGAAAGGCUUUAAGGCCUUCGUUGUCCUCGACAGCAAGCCCGACGAAAGGACCUGCUGCAAUUACAUUAUCUCCACGACGACGCUCUGGUGGGAUCCAAGCGUUUACUGCCCCUCCACGCAGAGUUUCAAGAAGGAUUGGACCUACAGACAUUAUAUUUGGAACUCCGCCAACGUCACAGCUUGCCCCAGAACCGACAGAAAGCAAUACCCCCGAAAACCAGCUAUUUCAAGGAUUGGCCAGCGUGACGAACGAAUCAGAGCAAGGCUUAGACACAGGUAUUUCAUCUUUGCCCGAAGGGUUUGGAGAACCUGAUUUACCCCCAACACCGACUCAAUUGGGUCUCGAAGAGCCUCCAGGACGUCCCCAGGGUCUUUUGAGCAGUAGUCCAAGUAAGCGUCCCGAGAGACGCGUUAGAGGACUCACGGCAGAAGAUCGAGGCCUCGGCUUUUUGAAGCCUAAGAGCACCAUUGCUGGAGACAAUCAAAGGCUAAAAGCUGAAGACGAGAGGACUUUUGUUUCCGAGACUAUCUUAGAAAAACAGAAAUUGCGAAAGCAGCUGUCGGAUGACCUCCAGCGACUCAAGGAUGACAUUACAGAACUUGAAAAAUGGACCAGAAGGUCGCAAGAGAGCGUGCGAGAUGGAAAGCCUGGUGAGGCAGAUCUUUAUUCACUAAUGUCGCUCCUGGCCUCCGAUGACCCAACAUACCAACAACAUGCCGAAUCUCAACCAGACAAUACCUCGUUCUCAUCCUUGAUCUUCUCGCUACUCCCAUUCUCACCAAUAGAGCCUCCUAAGCCAAGUCACGAAACAUCACCCUUUCCAUCGAAUCCUUUUGCUUUGCAGAAAGCCUCGCAGACAAGGCCGUACCUCACGGCAUUUGCGCCCUUGAAUUUAAAGGCACACUCCAACAAAGCAUCCAUGUCGGAAUCCGAUGUAUUGAUAGAAACACACACUCUAACGCUGUCACCACCACCUCCAUUCCCUUCCAACCUAUUCAACGUGUCUGUUGUGUACAGAACGCAACCAGAAACCUUGUCACUUGUCAAUAAGUCAUUGUCUAUACUUCUGUCUGAUGAGGCGUCCCGCAUCCCAGAAGACUUGCAAUCGUGGGUCAACACUCGAUUAGCAAAUCCACUGCUACAAUUGGACGUAUCCGGCCUCUGCUGGGGAAUCAACCGGUAUUGGGAGGCCUCAAUAUCUCGUGCACGAAUGUGGGCAGAAAUAGAAAGGAAACACUCCAAAUUUGUGGAAGGUCGAACAAACCCGAACGGUACUCGCCGUGGAAGUGCAGAAAGUGAUGAGACCGCACUCACGCCUCACAAUCUGCGACUCCUACUGCCGCAUAUCGAACGCUCUAGUGUUCUUUUCUCUUCGAGUGACAAGUCGCGAAAAAUGCUUCUUACUUGUUCGCUAAUAUUGGACGAAUGGACUGGUGAGCCACAGCUGGCCUCGGAGAUCUCGGUCCACGGACCGGCUUCUACUGGGAAGAGGAAGAUUGAGCAAGAAGCAAAGAAACUAUUCCGUGCAUUGCUGAGCGAAGGGGAAAGAGUCAAUAACGAGAUGGAUACGAUCGUCCGAGCUACAGGAGCGGUUCUUAAUCUUUUAUUCAGUGUUGGAUCUAAGGAACUCUCAAGCUAG